UCAACUUAGGGGGGGUUAGUUCAUCUAAUGUGGGGUUAGAUGAUGCCUGGCAUCAACCCCUUUUUUUUCUAUGUUUCAGGGUUAGUUGAUGCGGUGCAACUAACCCCAUGGUGCUUUAUAAAACAGCAUUGAAGAGUAUUAACUGGUUUAAAAUAGGCCUUUUAACAAGGAUUUUUUGAAAGAUGGAUCAACUUUACCUGAUGCACUAGAAUGAACACCUUUAUAAUCUUAUCAAUUAUUAUUAAGCUAUUUAGGAAUAUCUGUCCAACUUCCUUUCAAGGAAAUUGUAUUCCUGACUAGUUUGGGUAUUUAUCUUAAUGCAAAUAUAGCAAAUUCAAUCAAAUAAAAUUUUCCUUUAUCAUGAAACUAACAUCAAUAUCAUAGCGAUCAAAAAAUUGGCUCUGCUACAAUAAAUAAACACUCUGCAUUUUGUUUGCAAAGAAUGCAUUUCAGUGAUUUAAUUUUACUGUUUACACCUUGACAAUAUCUGCUGCAAAUUUGGCAAUAUAUUAGAGAGAAUAAAGUAAUAAAUAAACUUUUUUGUAUACAUCAAGUUUGACUGAUUCCAGAAGAAUAACAUAAAUGCUUACUGGACCAUAAUGGAUUAUAUCUGUGUUCUUACAGGACAGUUCAAUACACAUGUGAAUGACUUAAAUCUAGCACCUACUGACAUGUUAAGUAGAAGCAUUUCAGAUCAGUGGGUGCUAGAUAUUAAGAACAACAUAAGGAUGGCACCAGGAAUGUUAAUUACAAGAGUUCCAGUCAAUUUGAAACUAAAUGAGAUAAACGACACUCUAAUCACAGGAACAGUAUUGUCUUUAAGUAAUAUUGUGGAGCCGAGAAAGGAGCUGACUGACUACAAAGUUGGCGAUUUGGUUUCUGUGCGUUUUUCAAAAUUUGGAAUUCCGAAAAGGAAUUAUUGGGACGAUUGGCGGUAAGCUGUUAUUUUCAUCAUUUAUAUUUAUAUAAUAUCAACACUGAUCAAUGCCCUAUCUAUGUCCUAAUAACCAAAGCCCUAACUUACAAAUCAUAAUUAUAUUGCCGUAGGAAAUGUUAAGCUAUAAUGUCAUGCGUUUUCACGUCUUUUAUCUCAAUUUUAACAUGGACAGAUCGGCCCCUUUAUUAGUAGUUAUAAAAAGGUCAAAUCGGCUCUUAACAGUUGUGAAAAUAUAUCUUGAUAUGUUUCAACUGUAGCUGAAUUAGAUCCAUGUAAAUGUUCUACAUGUUACGGAUUUUUAAAAAGUAAACUCGAUUACAUAACAUAAUCCUUUAAGUAAUAUUAAAUAUUUACCUAAAUUUUAAUUGUGAAUUAUCU